AUGGACACCAAGGAACUUGAAGCUCUCAACCUGCUCCACUGCAUCGAUAAGAAUGGGGCAGUUAAGUGCAACUGGGUCCUAGACUUUCUGACGGGCCGCCCCCAGGUGGUGAGGGUGGGAAACAACAUCUCCACCCCGCUGAUCUUGAAACACUGGGCCCCCACAAGGGUGUGGUGCAGGAAGGUCCAGCUGCAGUUCCCAGAGACAGAGCUGAUAGAGUGGGAGGAGGGGGACCAUGAGGAGAAGUUCUCCCCCAGUGGAGCCGGUGCCAGUCCCAGAGUCCUCAACCCCCUGAGGCUGUUCGCUAGGGGGGUUCCUGGAGCUGUCGGGCCCCCCAGCCUUAAACACAACCCCAUCAGGGACAUGACAUACCUAGAGAACAUGGAGGACUUCUGGGAUUGGUUAUCCAACCAGACAGAUGUUCAGGCCAGCCAGGUCAGAGCCAAGCGACGACCCAUCGUCAAGACAGGCAAGUUCAAGAAGAUGUUUGGCUGGGGAGACUUCCACUCCAACAUUAAGACUGUCAAGCUUAACCUGUUGAUCACCGGGAAGAUCGUGGACCACGGUAACGGAACGUUCAGUGUCUACUUCCGCCAUAACUCCACUGGCCUGGGGAACGUGUCGGUGAGUCUGGUGCCGCCGUCUAAAGUGGUGGAGUUUGAGAUGGCUCAGCAGUCCACACUGGAGACAAAAGACUCUAAAGCUUUCAACUGUCGUAUCGAGUAUGAGAAGACGGACCGCAACAAGAAGACGGCUCUGUGCAGCUUCGACUCCUCCAAGGUGUGUUACCAGGAACAGACACAGAGCCACGUCUCCUGGCUCUGCUCCAAGCCCUUUAAAGUAAUCUGCAUCUACAUCGCCUUCUACAGCGUGGACUACAAACUGGUGCAGAAGGUCUGCCCGGACUACAACUACCAUAGUGACACUCCCUACUCUUCCACUGGCUGAAGGUCUGCCCUGGUCUACAACUACCAUAAUGACACUCCCUACUCCUCCACUGGCUGAAGGUCUGCGAGACUACAACUACCAUAAUGACACUCCCUACUGCUCCACUGGCUGAAGGUCUGCCGGACUACAACUACCAUAAUGACACUCCCUACU